AUGGGCAAUUGCGAUGUAGUAUUCGAACAAGUAAAUCUUCAAAAUUAUCAGCAGCUGAUGCGCCUCGACUUGAAGUGCUUCCAAAGAACUUUUUCCCUACAAUAUUAUAUCAAAGUUGCAAAUGCAAAGGAAUUUGUAGGAUUUCUCGCUUUACUAGAUGGGGUUAUUAUAGGGGAAAUGACUAUUCGUUUCUCUGAGGAAAACGGAAUUAAAUGCGGUUACGUUUAUAGCUUUGGAAUCUUGUCAGACUAUCGAUCCAAAGGAUAUGGUAGUAAAUUGUUCAAAUUUGGAAUGGAUAAGCUCAACGAAUGUCGAAAAGUUACCCUUCAUGUGAAAGUCAGCAACGAAAAUGCGCAAAAGAUAUACACUAAGAACAUGUUCAAGAUACAUGAAAGAAUUCCUAAAUACUAUGGAGAUGAUGAUGGGUAUUUAAUGUUAUUUGAGCGUGAAUCAACUGAACAAGAUCCUAACUCAGUCUAA